CCGGCGGCCGAGCAGGCCGGACUUUCGAAAAUCGAAUUCUUUUUUUUAUUUUUUCGAUUGGAAAGGCCACUAGAACUUUGAAACGUUGUGUUUGUAUUGUGGACUGGUGAAGUGAAAAUGUGUGAAAAUUGUGUUCAGCGCUAGAGGAUAAUAAGGAUUUUUAUGCGUGAAUCACGCAUGUGAUAUGGUGUGCGGGCGAUGCUGCAGCAUUUCUGACAGUUGAACGUGAAUAAACAAAAUGGCGGAAGCAGAGGGGGGAGCGAGUGAGCAGGAUGAUGUCUCAUUCUUGCGUACGGAAGACAUGGUGUGCCUGUCUUGCACGGCCACCGGCGAGCGAGUGUGCCUGGCGGCCGAGGGUUUCGGCAACCGGCACUGUUUCCUCGAGAACAUCGCUGACAAGAACAUACCGCCUGAUCUGUCGCAGUGUGUGUUCGUCAUUGAACAGGCGUUAUCAGUCCGAGCCCUACAGGAGUUGGUAACCGCUGCCGGAUCGGAAACCGGCAAAGAAAACUUAGGUAAAGGCACGGGGUCUGGACACAGAACCUUGCUUUACGGCAAUGCUAUUCUACUGAGGCAUCUUAACAGUGACAUGUACCUGGCAUGUCUAUCAACAUCGUCAUCCCAGGAUAAGUUGGCGUUUGAUGUCGGCCUCCAAGAACACUCACAAGGCGAGGCCUGCUGGUGGACUCUUCAUCCAGCCAGCAAGCAAAGAUCUGAGGGUGAGAAGGUGCGAGUGGGCGACGACCUUAUCCUCGUUUCAGUGGCUACGGAGAGAUAUUUGCACACGACGAAGGAAAACGAAGUAUCCAUUGUAAACGCGUCAUUCCACGUGACGCACUGGUCGGUGCAGCCUUAUGGCACCGGUAUUUCACGUAUGAAAUACGUCGGAUACGUAUUCGGUGGAGAUGUACUGAGAUUCUUCCAUGGCGGUGACGAGUGUCUUACUAUACCAAGUACUUGGAGUACGGAGGGUGGGCAGAACAUCGUGGUAUAUGAAGGCGGCUCAGUGAUGUCCCAAGCCCGUUCGCUCUGGCGCCUAGAAUUGGCUCGUACUAAGUGGGCCGGCGGCUUCAUAAACUGGCUCCAUCCUAUGCGCAUACGGCAUAUCACUACUGGCAGAUACCUUGGAGUUAACGAUCAGAAUGAGCUGUAUCUUAUACAAAGAGAUGAAGCCACAACAGCAUCCUGCGCGUUCUACCUGCGCCAAGAGAAGGAUGACCAGAAGGUGGUGCUUGAAGACAAGGACCUCGAGGUCAUCGGGUCGCCCAUCAUCAAGUACGGGGACUCCACUGUCAUUGUGCAGCACUCGGAGACCGGUCUCUGGCUGUCUUACAAGUCCUAUGAGACGAAGAAGAAAGGCGUCGGUAAAGUCGAAGAGAAGCAAGCGAUACUUCACGAAGAAGGCAAAAUGGACGACGGACUUGACUUCUCCAGAUCUCAAGAAGAAGAGUCGCGUACUGCUAGAGUAAUUAGGAAGUGUUCCUCGCUCUUUACCAAGUUUAUCACUGGCCUUGAAACUCUGCAAGAGAACCGGCGUCACUCUAUGUUCUUCGCAUCCGUGAACCUCGGCGAGAUGGUCAUGUGUCUCGAGGAUCUGAUCAACUACUUCGCUCAACCUGACGAGGAAAUGGAACACGAAGAGAAACAGAACAAGUUCCGGGCCCUCCGCAACCGUCAGGACCUGUUCCAAGAGGAAGGCAUCCUGAACCUGAUCCUCGAAGCCAUAGACAAGAUCAACGUCAUCACGUCACAAGGGUUCCUGGCCGGGUUCCUGGCUGGAGACGAGUCCGGACAGAGUUGGGAAAUGAUCUCUGGAUACCUGUACCAGUUGCUUGCCGCCAUCAUAAAGGGCAACCACACCAACUGCGCACAGUUCGCCAACUCCAACCGCCUCAACUGGCUGUUCUCCCGUCUCGGCUCUCAAGCUUCAGGGGAGGGCACGGGAAUGCUGGACGUGUUACAUUGCGUGCUGAUCGACUCACCUGAGGCGCUGAAUAUGAUGAGAGACGAGCAUAUAAAAGUAAUCAUCUCUCUCCUCGAGAAGCACGGUCGCGACCCAAAAGUCCUCGACGUACUGUGCUCUCUAUGCGUCGGUAAUGGCGUCGCUGUGCGUUCCUCGCAGAACAAUAUCUGCGAUUAUCUACUGCCGGGGAAGAAUUUACUGCUACAGACGGCUUUAGUGGACCAUGUGUCAAGUGUUCGUCCAAAUAUCUUCGUGGGUCGCGUGGAAGGUUCAGCCGUGUACCAGAAAUGGUAUUUUGAGGUCACAAUGGACCAUAUUGAGAAGACGACGCAUAUGAUGCCGCAUUUGAGGAUAGGAUGGGCCAAUACUGCUGGCUACGUCCCCUACCCUGGUGGCGGUGAAAAAUGGGGCGGCAACGGGGUUGGAGACGACCUGUAUUCAUUCGGCUUCGAUGGUGCCAACCUCUGGUCUGGCGGCCGCAAGACUCCCGUCAAUAGGAACUACGCAGACGAGCCGUUUAUUAGAAAAGGUGACGUCAUCGGCUGCGCGCUAGACCUCACCGUACCGAUUAUCAACUUCAUGUUCAACGGGGUCCGGGUAACGGGGUCCUUCACCAACUUCAACCUGGAGGGAAUGUUCUUCCCGGUUAUCAGCUGCUCGAGUAAACUGAGUUGCCGCUUCCUCCUAGGAGGCGAGCACGGCCGUCUCCGCUACGCGGCACCCGAGGGCUACUCACCUCUAGUAGAAUCCCUCAACCCUCAGCAAGUGUUGAGCUUGGAGCCUUGCUUCUACUUUGGAAACUUGGCUAAAAGAGCCUUAGCCGGACCACCGUUGUUACAAGAUGAUACGGCUUUUGUGCCAACACCAGUUGAUACAACUCUGAUUACCUUGCCUUCGUACGUCGAGCAAAUCCGGGACAAAUUAGCUGAAAAUAUUCACGAAAUGUGGGCUAUGAAUAAGAUCGAAGCCGGCUGGAUGUAUGGCGAUCAACGCGAAGACCUCCAUAAGAUCCAUCCCUGCCUGGUUCCCUUCGAAAGGCUACCCGCCGCUGAGAAGCGAUACGAUAUACAGCUCGCGGUGCAGACGCUCAAGACAAUUUUGGCGCUGGGCUACUACAUCAGCUUGGACAAGCCGCCGGCGCGCAUCCGAAACGUCAGGCUGCCUAAUGAGCCCUUCAUGCAGUCAAACGGCUACAAACCAGCACCUCUAGACCUGAGCGCUGUCACCCUGACACCGAAGAUGGACGAACUGGUCGACCAGCUGGCCGAAAACACACACAAUCUUUGGGCCAGGGAGCGCAUUCAGCAGGGGUGGACUUAUGGUCUCAAUGAGGAUCCCGACAUGCACCGGUCUCCCCACUUGGUGCCGUAUCCGAAAGUCGACGACGCAAUCAAGAAAGCUAAUCGUGACACCGCGUCCGAAACUGUCCGUACGCUGCUCGUGUAUGGAUAUAUGUUGGACCCGCCGACUGGUGAACAACACGAAGCUCUCUUGCUGGAGGCUUCGAAGCAGAAACAAGCCGACUUCCGAACAUACAGAGCCGAGAAAAACUACGCCGUUGGUUCUGGCAAGUGGUACUUCGAGUUCGAGAUACUCACGGCUGGGCCCAUGCGGGUUGGUUGGGCACACGCUGACAUGGCUCCCGGUAUGAUGCUGGGCCAAGAUGAGAACUCCUGGGCAUUCGACGGAUAUAAUUGCGUUAAAGUGCACGGCGGAUCGAACGACAGUUUUGGACAGCAGUUCAAAGUUGGAGACAUCGUUGGCUGCUUCCUAGAUGUACUCGACCAAACUAUUAGUUUUUCGCUGAAUGGCGAGCUUUUAAUGGACGCGCUGGGUGGUGAAACUACGUUCGCUGACGUGCAAGGCGAUAACUUCGUGCCGGCUUGCACGCUCGGAGUGGGACAGAAAGCAAGAUUGACAUAUGGACAGGACGUAAACUCUCUGAAGUUUUUCACUAUGUGCGGUCUGCAAGAAGGCUACGAACCCUUCUGCGUUAAUAUGAAGCGGGACGUCACCCACUGGUACACCAAGGACCAGCCGAUCUUCGAAAACACCGACGAGAUGAUAGACACUAGGAUAGACGUCACCAGAAUACCCGCUGGCUCAGAUACGCCGCCAUGUUUGAAAAUAUCGCACAACACGUUCGAGACCAUGGAGAAAGCGAACUGGGAGUUCUUGAGGAUGUCGCUGCCUGUCAUCUGUCAUGCGCAAUUUAUCGACGAGCAAGAGAAAGCCCGCCGCUGGGUGGAGAUCAAGGAACGUCAGCAGAUGCUGAUGAAGGAAGCCGCGGAGGCGCAGAUGCCGGCGCACAUCGAUCAGAUCAUGCGCAGCGGAUUCACUAUGAACGAUAUCAAAGGUCUCCACUACGACGAAGCCGACGAGCCCAAACUGAACCUGAAGCGGCUGCCCUCCCGCCCUCCCCGAAAAGGCUCAGUCGGGAGAAACGUCACUAUACAGAAUUACAAUUUACAACCAGGUCAAGUGAACGGCAUGCAUCGUACUACGAGUGAGGCGGAAAUGUCGAAAUACGAGUUGGGAGUUCAAAGUGGGGGGGAAGAAAAGAAGGAUAAGAGGGGGCGGUCGCCUUUCAAGUUCUUCAAAAGCAAGCGCGGCGAGAGCAGAGACCGCUCCAAAUCCCGCAAGUCCAAGACUCCAGACCCCUUCAGCGAUGGAGAACUGUCGCCUGAACGCUCCGCCAUGAGGCGGCCUAACCCGCAGAUACGAGUGUCGCAGGCGAAUACAAGGUAUGACGCUACCCACGGCCGGCCAAGCAAGGCGUACUUGUUUGACCAACAAACUAAUCUCAACAAUCUCCAAGUGCCAACCCCCCAGCAGGGCAGAAAAGAGAUGACUACCAGUACUCUAGCUGCGGCUCAGACCGAGAUGGUCGGCAAUGAAAUCUUCGACGCCGAAUGUCUGAAGCUCAUCAACGAGUACUUCUACGGUGUCAGGGUGUACCCAGGUCAGGACCCGACCCACCUGUACGUUGGCUGGGUGACCACACAAUACCAUCUCCACUCCAGGGACUUCAAUCAGGGCAAGGUCAUGAAAUCAUCCGUCAUCAUCACGGAUGACUACGAUCGCGUUAUUGAGAGCGUGGAACGUCAGUCCUGCUACAUGGUACGCGCAGAUGAGCUCUACAACGAAGUAAUGGCCGAGGCCGCCGGCGCCAAAGGUGCCUCGCAAGGCAUGUUCAUCGGAUGCUCUGUGGAUACCUCAACAGGCAUCGUGUCGUGGACUUGCGAGGGGAAGGAUACCAGCUUUAAAUAUAAGAUGGAGCCUGAAAUCAAGCUCUUCCCUGCCAUCUUCGUAGAAGCUACUUCUAAGGAGAUCCUCCAAAUCGAGCUCGGUCGGUCCUUGACCAGUUUACCGCUCAGCGCCGCCGUGUUACCGACGAGCGACAAGCAUGUGACACCCCAGUUCCCUCCGAGGCUGAAGAUACAGUGCUUGAAGCCGCAUCAGUGGGCGAGGGUUCCCAACCAGUCGCUACAAGUCCACGCGCUCAAAUUAUCGGAUAUUCGUGGUUGGUCCAUGCUCUGUGAAGACGCUAUCUCCAUGUUAGCUCUACAUAUACCUGAGGAGGACCGCUGCAUAGAUAUUCUGGAGUUGAUUGAAAUGGACAAACUCCUCAGUUUCCACUCGCACACCCUGACGUUGUACGCUGCCUUGUGCUAUCAGAGCAAUUACAGGGCUGCCCAUGCUCUUUGCCAGCACGUCGACCAAAAGCAACUGCUGUACGCGAUCCAGUCACAAUAUAUGUCUGGUCCGCUACGCCAAGGAUUUUAUGAUCUACUCAUAGCUUUGCAUCUCGAGUCACACGCCACCACCAUGGAAACUAUGAAGAAUGAAUUCGUGAUCCCCCUCGGUCCGGAGCUGAAGGCUUUAUACGAAGAUCCCGACAUGCAGCAUAGCUUACGUUCUUUGCAAUGCGAGAGCGUGCGUCCACAGAUGAAGAUGACUGACAUUGCGGAAAAUAUCUCGGACAUCAGCAACCUCUACUCUCCGAACUUCCCCCUUGAAGUGGUCCGAGAAUUCGUGAUGCAGGCGCUCGCAGAGGCCGUGGAGACCAACCAGGUGCACAACCGAGACCCCGUCGGGGGGAGCAACGAGAAUCUAUUCCUGCCUCUCAUAAAGUUGGUGGAUCGUCUCCUGCUGGUGGGCAUGAUGCGUGACGAAGACGUGGAGAAGCUCCUCAUCAUGAUCAACCCUGAGACUUGGGAUCCCACUUUUGAUAAAGAAGGCAAAGAUGAGCACCGCAAGGGACUCCUGCACAUGAAGAUGGCGGAGGGUGCAAAGUUGCAGAUGUGCUAUCUGCUGCAACAUCUCAACGAUGUGCAGCUGCGGCACAGAGUCGAAGCCAUUAUAGCGUUCGCUCAUGACUUCGUUGGAGAUCUGCAGACUGAUCAGCUCAGACGCUACAUCGAGAUCAAACAAUCAGAUUUGCCGAGCGCUGUGGCAGCUAAAAAGACUAGGGAAUUCCGUUGUCCGCCGCGGGAACAGAUGAACGCUAUCCUUAGUUUCAAGCACAUGGACCUAGAAGAAGAAGCGGAGAAGGACAACAUUCCAUGCGGCGAGGAUCUCAUCGCUCGUAUGACCGAGUUCCAUGAAGGGCUCAUGUCGCAUGUGUCCCUUUCUGCCCUGCAAGAACCUGAAGUGCCAGAAUCAACUGAACCGGAGGUCAAACCUGGAACCAUUGGCAAGAUAUACAACAUUAUCAACACGGUCAAAGAAUUAGAUGAGGAGCCAAAACCUGUGGAAGAGCCCCCGCGCAAGACUCCAGAAGAGAAGUUCCGCAAAGUGCUGAUUCAGACCAUCGUGUCAUGGGCCGAAGAGGCGCAGAUCGAAACCCCUAAGCUAGUUCGAGAGAUGUUCAGCCUCCUUGUCCGUCAAUACGACUCCGUCGGCGAGCUAAUCCGAGCCCUGGAAAAGACCUACGUCAUCAACGCGAAGACCAAACUAGACGUCGCCGAGAUGUGGGUGGGACUCAGCCAGAUACGAGCUUUACUGCCUGUGCAGAUGAGUCAGGAGGAAGAGGAGCUUAUGAGGAAACGGUUGUGGAAACUGGUGAAUAACCACACGUUCUUCCAGCAUCCGGAUUUGAUCAGGGUACUCCGUGUACACGAGAACGUGAUGGCCGUCAUGAUGAACACACUCGGGCGCCGCGCGCAGGCGCAGUCCGACGCCGCGCCCGCCAACCCGCCCGCCGCCGAAGACAAGGAAAAGGACACAUCCCACGAGAUGGUGGUUGCCUGCUGCCGCUUUCUCUGCUACUUCUGCCGAACCGGCCGUCAGAACCAGAAGGCUAUGUUCGAUCACUUCGACUUUCUACUGGAGAACUCGAACAUCUUGCUCUCCAGACCUUCGCUACGAGGAUCUACGCCACUGGAUGUGGCUUAUUCAAGUUUAAUGGAAAACACGGAACUGGCGUUGGCUUUAAGAGAGCACUACCUCGAGAAGAUAGCCAUCUACCUCUCCCGCUGCGGUCUUCAGAGCAACUCCGAGCUGGUGGAGAAAGGCUACCCAGACUUGGGUUGGGACCCGGUGGAGGGGGAACGGUACUUGGACUUCCUGCGGUUCUGUGUUUGGGUGAACGGUGAAAGCGUAGAAGAAAACGCCAACCUAGUAAUCCGCCUUCUCAUCCGUCGGCCAGAAUGCCUCGGCCCCGCGCUGCGGGGCGAAGGCGAAGGUUUACUGAAGGCGAUCGUGGACGCCAACAAGAUGAGCGAGAGGAUAGCGGAUAGGCGGAAACUGAGGGAGAUGGAGCAGGAGGGAGAUACUUCGUUCAGCCACCCGCUCCCAGAAUCAGAUGAGGACGAAGACUACAUAGAUACCGGCGCCGCCAUCUUGAAUUUCUACUGCACACUAGUAGACCUGCUGGGACGGUGUGCGCCAGAUGCUGGAGUUAUCGCCUUGGGCAAGAACGAAUCGCUCCGAGCUCGCGCCAUUCUGCGCUCCCUGGUGCCUUUAGAAGACCUUCAGGGGGUCCUCAGUCUCCGUUUUACUUUGCACAACCCUGCUGCUGGCGAAGAGCGACCCAAGUCUGAUAUGCCAUCUGGAUUGAUCCCCGGGCACAAGCAGAGCGUGGUGUUGUUCCUCGAACGAGUAUACGGUAUUGAGACGCAAGAACUAUUCUACCGUCUUCUGGAGGAGGCAUUCCUACCAGACUUACGUGCGGCCACUAUGCUGGAUAGGAACGACGGCUGUGAGUCAGACAUGGCGCUGUCAAUGAACCGUUACAUCGGCAACUCGAUAUUGCCUCUACUCAUCAAGCACGCGAACUUCUAUAAUGAGGCUGAGAACUAUGCUAGUUUGCUUGAUGCUACGCUACACACUGUCUACAGACUAUCCAAGAACCGUAUGCUGACUAAAGGUCAGCGUGAAGCGGUGUCUGACUUCUUAGUAGCACUAACUUCGGCCAUGCAACCUUCUAUGCUGCUCAAACUACUGAGGAAACUUACUGUCGAUGUAUCUCGUCUGUCGGAGUAUACUACUGUUGCGCUCAGGUUGCUGACACUUCACUACGAGCGCUGCGCUAAAUACUAUGGCAGCUCCGGCUCCGGCGGUUCCUCGGACGAGGAGAAGCGUCUCACCAUGAUGCUGUUCAGCAACAUCUUCGAUUCCCUCAGCAAGAUGGACUACGACCCUGAGCUGUUUGGGAAGGCGCUGCCUUGUCUCAUCGCCAUUGGUUGCGCUCUGCCGCCGGACUACUCUCUGGUCAAGAACUACGAUGAUGAGUUCUAUGGCAAAGAACAACAAUCCACCGGCGGUCCAGACAACCCGCAAUACGACCCUCAGCCGAUCAACACGUCAUCGGUCGCGCUUAACAACGAUCUCAACACCAUCGUCCAGAAAUUCUCAGAGCAUUACCACGAUGCCUGGGCCUCCAGGAAAAUCGAGAACGGUUGGGUGUACGGGGAGUCUUGGUCGGACAGUCAGAAGUCUCAUCCCCGCCUCAAACCAUACAACAUGCUAAAUGACUAUGAAAAGGAGCGCUACAAGGAGCCAGUCCGCGAGUCCCUAAAAGCGCUACUAGCGCUCGGCUGGUCGGUGGAGCAUUCCGAAGUCGACCUCCCCAGCACCAACAGGAGUUCCAUGCGACGACAAUCCAAGUCUGGUGGCACGGACUCGGCGACCCCAUUCAACUACAACCCGCACCCUGUCGACAUGACCAAUUUGACUCUGUCGAGAGAAAUGCAGAACAUGGCUGAGAGAUUAGCCGACAACGCUCACGAUAUCUGGGCUAAGAAGAAGAAGGAAGAACUUACUACGAACGGAGGCGGAAUCCACCCUCAACUCGUCCCAUACGAUCUCCUCACCGACAAAGAAAAGAAAAAGGACAGAGAACGAUCCCAAGAGUUCCUCAAAUACCUCCAAUACCAGGGUUACAAGCUCCACCGUCCCAGCAAGGCUCAGCAGAGCGACACGGAACAGACCACUACGGGCGUAGCAAUAGAGCUUAGAUUCGCUUACUCGUUACUCGAGAAACUGAUACAGUAUAUCGAUAGGGCGACAAUUAAUAUGAAGCUAUUAAAACCGUCGACUACGUUUAGUAGGAGGACGAGUUUUAAGACGAGUACGAGGGAUAUUAAGUUCUUUUCUAAGGUGGUCCUGCCCCUCAUGGAGAAAUACUUCUCAACACAUCGAAACUACUUCAUAGCUGUAGCAACAGCAACCAACAACGUCGGUGCCGCCAGUUUGAAGGAGAAGGAAAUGGUAGCAGCGCUGUUUUGUAAGCUAGCCAGCUUGCUACGAUCUAGACUAGCAGCAUUCGGUCCAGACGUGAGGAUUACCGUCCGCUGCCUCCAGGUGCUCGUGAAAGGCAUCGACGCAAAGUCCCUCGUCAAGAACUGCCCUGAAUUCAUCAGAACAUCCAUGCUAACGUUCUUCAAUAACGUGGCUGAUGAUUUAGGGCAUACUAUACUGAACUUGCAGGAUGGAAAAUACGCGCACCUACGAGGUACGCACUUGAAGACGUCAACGUCACUCGGUUACAUCAAUGGCGUGAUUCUUCCAGUCCUGACCGCCAUGUUUGAUCACCUCGCUAACUGCGAGUACGGUGCCGAUUUGCUGUUGGACGAGAUCCAAGUGGCAUCGUACAAGAUCCUCGGCUCGCUGUACACUCUGGGCACCGACGCGAGCCUGACACACGACAGGAAGUACCUGAAGACUGAAAUAGAGAGACACAAACCCGCUUUGGGUUCCUGCUUAGGUGCCUUCAGUUCUACAUUCCCGGUGGCGUUCUUGGAGCCUCAUCUCAACAAGCAUAAUCAAUUCUCGUUGCUGAACCGCAUCGCAGACCACUCGCUCGAGGCACAAGACAUAAUGGCCAAAAUGGAGCAAUCCAUGCCGACAUUAGAGACGAUCCUCGGCGAGGUCGAUCAAUUCGUCGAGUCAGACAAGACCUACGUGGAAGCUCCUCAUAUCAUCGACGUGGUGUUGCCGCUGUUAUGUUCGUACUUGCCGUUCUGGUGGGCGCAGGGGCCUGACAAUGUCACGCCAACUCAGGGCAACCACGUUACCAUGGUGACAGCAGAACACAUGAACCAGCUCCUCAAGAACGUGCUGAAACUCAUCAAGAAGAAUAUCGGCAACGAAAACGCGCCCUGGAUGACUCGCAUCGCUACUUACACCCAGCAAAUUAUUAUCAACAGUUCCGAAGAGUUACUUCGCGACGUGUUCCUGCCACUGGCAGAGCGUGUCAGAAAACGUACAGACACCAUGUUCCACAAGGAAGAGAGUUUGCGAGGUUUCAUCAAGUCUUCAACGGACGACACCUCACAAGUGGAGUCCCAGAUCCAGGAAGACUGGCAGCUGUUGGUUCGUGACAUCUACUCGUUCUAUCCUCUUCUCAUCAAAUACGUGGAUCUGCAGAGGAACCAUUGGCUCAGGAAUAAUGUCAACGAGGCUGAGGAGCUAUAUAACCACGUUGCAGAAAUAUUCAACAUCUGGUCCAAGAGUCAGUACUUCCUAAAGGAGGAACAGAACUUCAUAUCCGCCAACGAAAUUGAUAACAUGGUGCUGAUCAUGCCUACAGCAACCAGAAGGGUGACCACGGUUGUCGACGGAGCACCUCAGGGUGGUGGCAAGAAAAAGAAGAAGCAUCGUGACAAGAAACGCGACAAGGAUAAGGAAGUCCAGGCUUCCCUCAUGGUGGCUUGUCUGAAGCGUCUUCUCCCGGUUGGUCUCAACCUAUUCGCGGGAAGAGAACAGGAGUUGGUGCAGCAUUGCAAGGAUCGCUUCCUGAAAAAAAUGUCAGAACAAGACGUGGCAGAGUUCGCCAAGAUCCAGCUCACACUGCCUGACAAAAUCGAUCCUGCGGACGAGAUGUCGUGGCAACACUACCUAUAUAGGCGGCUUGAUAAAAUGGGCCCCAACAAACUAGGUUCGAAGAGCAAAGCGGCAGUGGCGGACAACACGGCGGAGACCAAAGCCAAGAUCAUUGAUGACACUGUGGAAAGGAUAGUCGCUAUGAGCAAAGUACUCUUUGGAUUACAUAUGAUCGACCAUCCUCAACAAAUGAGUAAGAACGUGUACCGCUCUGUGGUUUCUAUUCAACGGAAGCGCGCCGUCAUUGCCUGCUUCAGAUGUCUGUCCUUACACUCACUCACAAGGCAUCGAGCAUGCAACAUAUUUGCAAGAACUUAUUACGAGCUCUGGCUGGAAGAAGAAAACAUUGGUCAAGAAGUCAUGAUAGAAGAUUUAACGCAAUCAUUUGAAGACGCGGAACUGAAAAAGAGCGACGUGGUGGAAGAGGAAGGCAAACCGGACCCUCUCACUCAGCUGGUCACCACCUUCUGUAGAGGGGCUAUGACUGAGAGAUCCGGCGCUUUGCAGGAGGAUCCUCUUUACAUGUCGUACGCGCAUAUCAUAGCGAAGUCCUGCGGGGAAGAGGAGGAGGAGGGGGGCGGGGAGGAGGAGGAGGGGGGAGGGGAGGCGGAGGCAGCCGGGGAAGAGGAGAGCAAAGCCAGUAUUCAUGAGCAAGAAAUGGAAAAGCAGAAACUCCUCUUCCACCAAUCCCGUCUCGCGGACCGUGGUGUGGCCGAGAUGGUGCUACUACAUAUCUCGGCCUCCAAGGGCAUCCCAAGCGACAUGGUGAUGAAGACCCUGCAACUGGGCAUAUCUAUACUGCGCGGAGGCAAUAUUGACAUACAAAUGGGUAUGCUGAACCACCUGAAAGACAAGAAAGACGUCGGAUUCUUCACAUCUAUCGCUGGUCUUAUGAACUCUUGCUCCGUGCUGGAUUUGGAUGCUUUUGAGCGGAAUACUAAGGCUGAAGGUCUUGGUGUGGGUCUGGAAGGCGCGGCGGGCGAGAAGAAUAUGCAUGACGCCGAAUUCACAUGUGCGCUGUUCCGGUUCAUACAACUUACCUGUGAAGGACACAACUUGGAAUGGCAGAACUACCUGCGUACUCAAGCCGGUAACACGACUACGGUCAACGUAGUCAUCUGCACCGUCGACUACCUGCUGCGACUACAGGAGUCUAUCAUGGACUUCUACUGGCAUUAUUCCAGCAAGGAGCUGAUAGAUCCAGCUGGCAAGGCGAACUUCUUCAAGGCUAUCGGCGUCGCUUCACAAGUAUUCAACACGCUCACUGAAGUCAUUCAGGGCCCUUGUACCCAGAAUCAGCAGGCAUUGGCGCAUUCCAGAUUGUGGGACGCCGUAGGUGGUUUCCUGUUCCUGUUCUCCCACAUGCAAGACAAACUGUCAAAGCACUCGUCCCAGGUGGAUCUGCUGAAGGAACUCCUUAAUCUUCAGAAAGACAUGAUCACUAUGAUGCUGUCUAUGCUUGAGGGAAAUGUCGUCAACGGUACGAUCGGAAAGCAGAUGGUAGACACCCUCGUCGAGAGCGCCGGCAACGUGGAACUGAUCCUGAAAUAUUUCGAUAUGUUCCUCAAACUGAAGGACUUGACUUCCAGCGCGAGUUUCCUGGAGAUUGACGCCAAUAACGAUGGCUGGGUGCUGCCUAAGGACUUUAAGGAGAAGAUGGAACAGCAGAAGAGUUAUACCCCCGAGGAAAUAGAAUUCCUUCUGGCUUGCUGCGAGACGAACCACGACGGCAAGAUGGACUACAUAGGCUUCUGCGACCGCUUCCACGAGCCGGCGAAGGAGAUUGGCUUCAACUUGGCUAUUCUGCUCACGAAUCUGUCGGAACACAUGCCUAAUGAACCUAGACUGGCCCGGUUCCUGGAAACUGCCGGCUCUGUGCUGAACUACUUCGAGCCAUUCCUAGGCCGCAUCGAGAUAAUGGGUGGAUCCAAACGUAUCGAGCGAGUUUACUUCGAGAUUAAGGAGGAGAACAUCGAGCAAUGGGAGAAGCCGCAAAUUAAGGAAUCCAAACGCGCUUUCUUCUACAGCAUAGUAACAGAGGGUGGCGACAAAGAAAAACUCGAAGCUUUCGUCAACUUCUGCGAGGACGCCAUAUUUGAAAUGACGCAUGCGUCUGGUCUAAUGGCGGCCUCGGAGGAGCAGGGAGGGGGGCAGAAGAAUAGGGAGGCUGCGUAUAUGUAUCUGGGAGAUGAUGAUGAUGAGAACAAAGGCAAAGACCCAUUCCGCCGCGGUCUCCAAUCCAUAAAGGACGGUUUUGCCACCGCAUUCUCUUCCCUAUCUCCGGCGAACAUAAAGUCUAAAAUCGCAGAUAUGCAGCAGAUGCCGCCGGCAGAACUGGCUGUUGGUUUCUUCAAGAUGUUCUAUUACCUGUUCUAUUACAUGGGCUAUGCUUGCUUGGUGGUUAUCAGGUACAUAUUCGGCGUACUCCUCGGCCUGAUGCGAGGUCCUCAGACGGAGGAGGUUCCUCAGGAGCCGACGGAAGAGGAGAAAAUUGGUCAGUUGAGGCACAGGUUACUCGCGCAGAGUCAAAGUCCAUCAAGGUUGCUACCAGCGUUACCGGCGGCGGAUGACACGGGUCAAAUGCAGGUCUCUGCCUUCGGUCUGGAUAUUUCUAAAGAAGACAAUGGCCAAAUCCAAGUGAAACCGCACGAAUCCCCGACCACAUCCACGCCAUCUUCUGGCGAGGAAGCAGAAGCUUCCCCCGACGAGGCAGUGGAACACUCUGAGGAACAACAGCCGCCAUCUUUGAUAGAUCUGCUCGGUGGAGAACAAGCGAAGAAGCAAGCGCAGGAGAGAUUAGAAGCCCAGGCCGCGCAGCAAGCUGCUAUGUCUGCCAUCGAAGCUGAGAGCAAAAAGGCAGUGCAAGCGCCGACCCCAUCCGCCGUGUCUCAAGUGGACAUCUCCCAAUACACCAAGCGAGCUGUCUCCUUCCUUGCGAGGAACUUCUACAACCUGAAGUACUGCGCGCUCAUCCUGGCCUUCUGUAUCAACUUCGUAUUACUCUUCUAUAAGGUAUCGACGCUGGAGGGUGACGACGAGGGCUCGGGUCUCGGAGACAUUGUCAGCGGCUCAGGGUCAGGGGCAGGUUCAGGAAGUGGAGAUGGCAGUGGCGAAUCAGGCGAAGAUGAGGAUCCGCUAGAAAUAGUACAUAUAGACGAGGAUUUCUUCUACAUGGAACAUGUGAUCAAAGCGGCCGCGGUUUUGCAUUCUGUGGUCUCAUUAGCCAUCCUCAUUGGAUACUAUCAUCUCAAGGUACCGCUAGCCAUCUUCAAGCGCGAGAAAGAGAUAGCGCGACGACUUGAAUUCGACGGUCUCUACAUCGCAGAGCAACCUGAAGACGAUGAUAUAAAGAGCCAUUGGGACAAACUCGUCAUUUCUGCUAAAUCGUUCCCCGUGAACUAUUGGGACAAGUUCGUGAAGAAGAAAGUCCGCACGAAGUACUCCGAGACGUAUGACUUUGACAGUAUCUCAAACAUGCUCGGCAUGGAGAAGACUUCGUUCGCGGCGCAUGAGGAGACGGGCAAUAAGGGCUUCUUCCAAUACAUCCUCAACCUCGACUGGCGUUACCAGCUGUGGAAAGCCGGCGUCACAUUCACUGACAACUCCUUCCUGUACUCCCUGUGGUAUUUCUGCUUCUCUGUGAUGGGCAACUUCAACAACUUCUUCUUCGCGGCUCAUCUUCUGGACGUCGCUGUGGGCUUCAAGACGCUGAGAACGAUCUUGCAGUCCGUCACGCAUAACGGGAAACAGCUGGUGUUGACCGUGAUCCUGCUGACCAUCAUAGUGUACAUAUACACGGUGAUCGCGUUCAACUUCUUCCGCAAGUUCUACGUGCAGGAGGAGGACGACGAGGUCAACAGGAACUGUCACGACAUGUUGUCGUGCUUCGUGUUCAACAUCUACAAGGGCGUGCGCGCCGGCGGCGGCAUCGGGGACGAGCUGGAGCCCCCGGAUGGUGAUGACUCCGAAGUGUGGCGCAUCAUCUUCGAUGUCUCCUUCUUCUUCUUCAUCAUCAUCAUCCUGCUCGCUAUCAUUCAGGGUUUGAUCAUCGACGCCUUCGGUGAGCUCCGUGACCAGCUGGAGUCAGUGAAGGAAGACAUGGAGUCCAACUGCUUCAUAUGCGGCAUGGGCAAGGACUAUCUAGAUUUGGUGCCGCACGGGUUCGACACGCACGUGCAAAGGGAGCACAAUCUCGCCAAUUACAUGUUCUUCCUCAUGCAUCUCAUCAAUAAACCGGACACUGAAUAUACAGGUCAAGAGACAUACGUGUGGAACAUGUACACACAACGCUGCUGGGACUUCUUCCCCGUCGGAGACUGCUUCAGGAAGCAGAACGAGACCGAGAUGACCGAAUGAAUGGUCCAUUCGAAUACUCAUUACAAUCCUGAAUGACAAAAUAAACUACAAUCCUAGAGACUUAAAUGUCCGGCUCGAAGGACCAUUAUUUCUAUAACGACAACAUUUGUGACGUUUUCAACCAAAAGGUACAUUGUCAGUUGGCGAUAAGGUUGAUUUUAAAUUGAAGCUAUAUGGAAAUAGCGUCUUAUUGACUACCGACAAUAAGUACCAUUUUGAUUUCAUCACAAAACAGAAAGAAACCGGAAUAACUAAAUGAGUUUUUUAUUCAAAAUACACUCUACGAUCGUAAAGGCUAAAAUCCGGUUUUUUUCUAUUAUCAAAAUAUAUCAAAAUUGCAAAACAGAAUGUAACCGAAAUAACUUAGUGAAUGAGAAAUUAAAAUACAUUCUACCAUCGUAAGUCUAAUACAUCCGGUUCUAAGAACUAUUUUUUUUCUACAGAAUGAUUCAGGAGGCGUGAGCAGGACUAACACUGCGCAUUUCGUAAAUUAUAAGCAACUGUUUCGUAUCAGUAUUAGUGAGUUUAACGUUAAUUUUGUAGUCGUGUUAAAAAAAAAGUUAUUAAUUUAUUUACGACAUGCAUGGUCACCCAAAACUAGAAUACCAAACUAAACUACCGAUAUUCUGUGUCAAAUUGAAUGUCAUCACGGUCUGGUUACUUUUGAAAACUCGUAUCUCACCAAGUUUGACAGUUCAUUUUCGUCGUAAUCAAAAUGCUGUAAUUACGGUAAAUGAGGUUUUAUGUUUAUUAAUUAAGUUUUGUAGGGUGACCAAGAUUGUAGAGAAUUAAAUUUGCCCUCACCAAAAAGUUAAAAAAUAGGAAAAAGUGUCGUUGUUUCACCUAAAUACUACGGUGAUCGAUCAAUUAUCAGUUACUGAGUGUGUAGGAUUAGUCCUGCUCACGUCUCAUGAAUCACCCUGUAUAGGGAAGGCUAUUAUCAAUUUGAUUGUGUGUGGCAUUGAGCAGUGAUGAAAAAUAGAAAAUUGGGUGCUGGUUAUGUAAUUUUAGUCUCUAGGAUUUAAACAAAUCUGCCGCCUUUAUACUACUAACUGAAAACCGGAUAUUUUUCCUUUCAAAACCGGUUCACAAUUCAAUAUUUGCCAAUUUCCUCGUAUCUUGGGCGGCAUAUUUUAAUAAAUAAAUUAUAUAUAAAUGUAUAAGAAUGGAAAACGCAGUAUGAAUGCGUCUUUAUCAAUAUCAAUUUAAGCUUUUGCUCAAAAUUGACGCCAAAACUUUAAUAAAUUUCGUCUAUCAAUGCAUUUUGUUACCUGCUUCAAUAUAUCAAAAUGAUGUUCAAAGUCAAUUAUAUAGAAAAUUUACUUUUAACCAGAGAUAUAUCUAAAUAGAGAAAUAUUUAAUCAAUCGAAUGCACAACUUUAUGAAUCUAGACGAUGAUUUUGAAACAAAGCACAAGGAUAAAUCAUUAUAAAAAUUACGGUGAUGAGGCGAGCUCAUGUUCCACACGGUUUUCCCAUCUCUAUAUUCCGCGCGCGGGCCUGUCGGCAGUUCUCGGAAACUCGGUGUUUGCGAAGGCCGUUAGUUAUAGAGAUGGGAAAACCGUGUGGAACAUGAGCUCGCCUCAGUGAUGUUUUGAUUCAUACCAAAGAGUUAUUAAAAUAGUAGAAAUGGUAGGUAUAAAAAAUUUAAAAAAUCCAUGUCUUGAAAUUGACACUAUCCGGCAACUUUGGUUGCCAAAAGAGUACAUUUAAGAGUUAUAAAAACAAAUAGCGCCAUCUAGUUCGCCAGUGAAACUCGGUGGCUUUUCCAUGUUUAUAUUUUGAAUCAAUAACUCUUUGGUUCAUACACUAUUUUUGUGCUUUGCUCUUUCUACAAUUGUAGUAAUAUUUGAAACAAAGUUCAAAAUUUCCUCCUAAAUAGAUAAAUGAAAAAUAUGUUUAUAUCAAGUUUAUCUAACUUCCAUAUAUAAUAAUAUUAAGGUGGCCUUUCCAAGUAAUAUUUUUUAAAUAUUUCGAUAUAGUUUAUGUAAGAUAAUAUAAAGUAACUGUUAAUUAAAUAAAUAUUAAUUUAUUGCAA